AACUUUGAGCUAGCUACUUCGUGUUGAUUUAAGAAUCAAGAAUCUGUAUAAUGUUUUGAUUUUAAUAUUAUUAUUAGAUAUGAGACAAGACCACAUUUAGCAAAAUUUAGAGCGAGGUUUUAUUUAGUGGAUAAUAUUUAAUGUUAAAUUAUUUCUAUAACUUAAACCAUGUCUUUUCAUAGAGGUAAUAGCAAUCCUGAUUUUCCUUUGGAGGCUUUAAAAGUUCAUGGGCCAAAUUACCUAAAACACGCCCUAACUAGCUGUACUGAUCCUCUGAAAGCUAUUGAAGAAUUUCAGCUAACAAAUGGAAUACUCUUACCAUCAUUGAGGCCUAUGCUUCCAUUGCUAGAUCUGCAUGGAGUUAGAAGACUGGAUUUUCACAUGUCUGUAGUAGAGGAGCUAAGGGAAAAACUGAUAAACCAUAUUAAUGAGAUUGGCAAGCAAGAAGGUAAAGAACGUGAUCACAAACUGAAAGAACUAUUAGUGAAAAGUUUUCCUGUAAUAAGGGUUAAAGCUAUGAGACCCAUCGUUAUGGCUAUUUUGAAAAAUAUUCCUCAGAUUGAGGACCACUAUUUAAAAGUCUUAGUUAGGGAUAGAGAACUAUAUUUAGAUACAGAUACAGAAGUAAAAAGACAGAUAUGGAAGGACAAUCAGUCUCUUUUUGGAGAUGAAGUAUCACCUUUACUCAGCCAAUACAUUAGUGAGAAGGAAAAUGUACUAUUUGAUCAUUCAAAUUUAGCAACGCAGUUUUUUGGACCUUCACCAAAGGUAAGAAGACAAGGAGAAGUCGUCCAAAAACUAGCCCACAUGAUAGGUAACAGCGUCAAACUGUACGAUAUGGUACUUCAAUUUUUAAGAACUCUCUUUUUAAGAACUCGCAUUGUCCAUUAUUGCACACUACGAGCCGAACUUCUUAUGGCACUUCACGAUCUCGAAGUUCAAGAUAUCAUUUCUAUAGACCCUUGCCAUAAGUUUACUUGGUGUCUGGACGCAUGCAUCAGAGAGAAAAACGUUGACAUUAAAAGAUCGAGAGAGUUACAAGGUUUUUUGGACAAUGUGAAACGAGGGCAGGAGCAAGUGCUUGGCGAUCUAUCAAUGACACUAUGCGAUCCUUACGCUAUUAAUUUUUUAGCUACUUCUGCUAUCAAGAUCUUGCAACAUCUAAUACAUAUGGAAGGAAUGGCUAGAGAUAAUACAAUUUUGAUUCUUCUUCUGCGAAUGUUAGCCUUAGGUUUAAGCGCUUGGGUAAUGAUAGACUCGCAAGAUUUUAAAGAACCCAAAUUAGACGCUCAAGUGGUGACCAAAUUUCUUCCAGCGUUAAUGUCUCUAAUGGUUGACGAUCAAGUGCGACAGCUGAGCGGCAAAUUACCCCACGACGAACGUGAAGCUGCUAUCACCGUCAUCGAACAUUCUGGACCUUUGCCCGACGCGGUAGAGGCAUAUUUGCAAGACAGUACUGUGGCUAGUAUUCUUGCCAUGUAUUACACUUUGCAUGCUGCGAGGCUAAAGGAUAGGGUGGGACUAUUGAGGAUACUGACAGUCUUGGCUAAUUGUAAAGAUGACAGGGCGUUUGAGGAUCCAUUUUUACAUUCUUUUGUGUGCUUACUCAUUCACAACUCGGAUGAAUUCCAAGCGGAAGAUUUUUGUACUGCUCUUUUCGACGAAUUUUUCUUCGCUGGUCUCUCUAGAGACAACGUAACUAGGCACCUUCUUAAACUUUUAUGGUACGUUCAUCAAAAAUUACCGACGAGUAGAUUACAUUCUCUAAUGAAAGCCCUACAGCCAACUCAUCAACACAGUGAAAAGGUUCAUCUGCUGUACAAACUGCUCCAAGACAAGAUAGUUUCGCAAGAAGAGACUGUGAUACCUCCUGAAAUGGAUAUUGAUAUUAAUUCACCGUUAAUGAGUGUGCCGACUCCUGCCCCCUAUCAUCAUACAUUGUAAAGGUUAUGAAGAGGAUAGAGGACAAGAAAAGAAAGGAAGAAAAGAAAUGUACAAAUCAUACAUAAAAAAACACAACCCUUUGCUAUAGUUUCAAAGUUUCUUUUCCGACCAGUCAAAUAUUGCAAAUCAUUUAACAAAAUAUGUGAUUCUCAUUAGUUUGACGGAUUUCGAAAAUCAAAUUUUGACUUAUGUUUUGACAAAAUAAUGUUGCAUGUUUCAAGACACGACACACUGGAGAGAUUAUUUCUUUUAAAUGAAAAAUUUCUAUAUAUCUUUUUAUAUAUUAGAUAUCAUGUUUUCAAUAACAAACCAUAUUCUGUGAUUGUACAACAAAGUUGUUAUAUAAAUUAAUAAAAAAAAUUAAUACAUU